AUGAGCCCGACCCAAUCUCCGCCGAUGAACCUGGCCCCGGCAAGUAUCGAACAAAUCCUUCGUAUUCGACAGGAAAGAAACCAGAGGACCCCGAAAUGUGCCAGAUGUCGUAAUCAUGGAACCGUGUCCGCCCUGAAAGGUCAUUUUUAUUAUUUUGGAUAGAAAAAUAAGGAAAAGUCCGAUUUUUCUCGUCAGAAUCGCGUAAAGUUACACUCAAAACUUUUUUAACUCGAAAAAAAAAGUUAUAAAUGAUGAAAAAAAUUGAACCCCUUCAAAAAAACCUAGACUCCUGUUUUUUUAAUAUGUGGUGGGAGAAAAAAGGCGCGAAAGGUCAAAAAUAAGAGCAAAACAUAGAUUUUGAUCAUGCUAACCCAUUUUUUCCAUAAUAUCGGGGCUUUUGAAUCAUUAUUAGAUGCAUUUUAUCACCCUGAUUUCGAAUCUGGACUCAGAAUCAUUCUAGAAAAUCUGUAAAAAAAGUUAUACCAGUUCGAAGUUCGGAAAAAUCAGACUCUUCGGAAAAUUGUCACAAGAAAAGCAACAUGUUGAUGUUUUGAAAAAAAUUUUAGCGUAGAUAAAUUUUUCCAAAGCUGCUCACUUUUCUUUGGGCCGUUUCAGAAAAAGAAAUAAUUUUUUUCGGCUCCAGAUAUCUUAAUUUUGAGAGCUUCUAGCUUUUUUCACGGGUUUUCUAGGCAAAUUUUGAGAAUAAAUUCGGAAUAUUUCUCAAAAACUGCAUUUGGUACUUUUUUCUCUUUUUUGCUCCAAUUCUGACGCGAUCUCUUGUACUCUAUUAAAAAUGAUGAUAAAUAAUCGUUAGAUCAGUGUGAACCCUUAAGAGCUCACUUGGAUCUCGGACUUUAGUUAGUGCAUUAUAAAAUUCUACAUAACUUGAGUCUUAGAAUACCAAAACAAGUCCGGAAUUUGCAAAAAAUCACGAUUUUCGUUCCAGGACACAAGAGAUACUGUAGAUGGAAAGACUGUACUUGCGCCAAGUGUACGCUGAUCGCCGAGCGACAACGGGUCAUGGCGGCUCAGGUGGCGCUCCGACGUCAGCAAAGUCAGGAGGAGCGCGACGCGAGGGACCUCGAGAUCCUACUGGGGAAUGGCAAUGGUGAGCUUCUUCCAUGAUAUUUGAGAAGUACAUACGUUUUGAAAAUCCAAGGAACACUCAAGAGAAACCUAAAGAGCUUCUCAAGUGGCUUCUUGAUGUUAUUCUGAUUCCAAUAAGGUAUCGAAUAGUGAGGUCAUUUUGGCUUUGAAGCUUAUCUUUUAGUGUCUGUAUAGUCCGUUUUUCGCGACUUCUCUGCACUCUCCUUGUCUCUCGACGUCUCUCUCAUGUUUACGUGCUAUUUCCAUGUUUCUCUGACCUCGCCUGUGAGGGAACAGAGAGACGCAGACACGCGAAAACUUCGGCGGACGGACUAUGACUUAUUUUUUUUUCAAAGUUCAUUAGUCUUUAGAAUUUCUUUUUUUUCUUUUUAAGAUAGAUGGAGAAGCUUAGGGAAAAAAAUUCAGAAAAAUUCAGAAGAAGCUUAGGAAAAAAAUUCAGAAAUUAAAAUAAAAAGCGCCAUUUUUGAAAGUAUAUGAUCUGUACAGUCAGUCAAAACGCGUGGAAGAAUUCAAAUUUAAACAUUUUUUGCUGAAAGUUUUAGAAAAACCCUAAGAAGUUUCUUGAGUGUCUCCUUGAGACUUUUCUAACUUCAAUAAGUUUUUUUAUAUGAUGAAAAAUUUUGAGCUUUGAGCUUUACUUUUUAGCUCUUGGGUGGGCUUGAUUUUACAGAAAUUAUCCGUUUUUCAAAGGCUGUGAAAAAUUCUUUACUUUCCUUCUUAGGGUAAAAGAAGAAGCUUGGGACAAGCCAAAAUUGGAAAUCCCUCAGAAAAAACAAACUAAAAUCUUCCAAAAAAAAAAAUUCAAAAAAACUUUUUUCUCUAUUUUUUCUUUCAUUUUUUAACAGUUUCUCAAUAAUUAUUGGUAAAAAAAACCUGACUUUUUGCUCAAUUGCCCAAGAUGGGUACUGUAGAGCAAAUGGGUGUCGGCUGGCGGUCAUGUUUGUGUGCAUUGGAGCGCACCUGUGAGUCUUUUUCGAUGGGCUCCUUGGCACCUUGUAGCAUUUGCUCACCUUAUGCUAUUGAGUACAAGUAGCGCUGGGCUUCUUGGCAACUUUUUGGGGAGGCUAGAGGGUUUGAGAAAAGAAAAAAAAAGUGAUUUCAGGUUUUCACUUUACAAAAAAGUCGAUUUACUUCUUUGAAGCUUUGACUGGAAAAAUUUUUAGUGUCCACUAUAGAGGCUCGCCAAGGACUACUUGGAGAGAACACUAAAGCAGUCACUAAAAUCACUCCUAUAGCGGCCACUAUUUUCCGUUUAGUGGCCACUGUAGAGGUUCUCUAUUGAGUGGUCACUUCAGUAGUUUUUUGUGUUCCUUCCAGUAACUCUGAUAAUUUUAAAACAAACAGAUUGGACCAGUUAUAUUGAUUCAUUGACCCCUAAGGUGGCCACUAAAGUGGUCUAGUAGUAGCACUUAGACUUCUAUAGUGGCCACUAAUUUUUAACCCCUUAAGUGGCCACUACAUUGACUACUAUAGUGGCCACUAAAACGUGAAAACCCUAUAGUGACCACUAAAAAUUUUCCUAGGAAUUCUUUGAAAUUUUCAAAAUCUCUUUCACAUACCGGAUGGUCUCUUGAAAAUCUUCAAAAAAUCCUUUUUACACUAAUAAUUUUUAAAAUCCUUAAAAAUUUAAAAAUGAAAAGUAAUGAAAUAAAGCUUAUUUUCACAGCCUCAGACUUCUUUUUUUUCUCAUAAUCAGCCCUUCUUAGCUUUAAAUUUGUUCCAAUAACCCGAAAAAUCUCUCUAAAACCGAAAAAAAAGGCUCAAACAACUCAUCCAUUGUUUCAUUUCCUAGACAAAUACCUGUCCAAAUACGGGCUUUUUGUGUGGUUUUUUUCUGAGGAUUGCGCAACUUGCACACGCAGGAAGGUUUAUUUAAUCAUGGGUUAUUAGGAGAAGAGGAUUUUAUUUAAUUUAAAAAAAAAAUAUUUUCAGCCAACGAACUUCUGAGCAUUCUGCGUCGUGAAGCCGAACAACCCCAGAAUUUGUCUUCAAACAGUGAAAAAGGGUAA